GAAAGAGGGGGCGGGCUCGCUCGCUGCCUUGGGCUGCACUGAGUCAUUCGCCUGUGCGGAGCAGGAACACAAACAGGCGGCAGAACUUGCUGAGCUUGAGCGGAGCAGGACGAGACGGGACGGGAGGCGCGUUUAGCCCAGCCCCGCAGGGGAACGACGCACCAUGAAGCGACCCAGCUCCUCGCAGCUCCUGCUGGGGCCUCUCCUCGCCUUCUGCUUGCUGGUUGCUGUCAGCGGUGACUUCUGUGAAGAGAACAAGUGUCAGAACGGAGGAACUUGCCUGACCGGCAUCACCGAAUCUCCUUUCUUCUGUAUCUGUGCAGAAGGCUUUACUGGGAUUGAUUGCAACGAAACCGAGAAAGGUGCCUGCCACCCAAACCCCUGCCAGAAUGGGGGCGAGUGCCAGGUGGUCCCCAACAGGGGUGACGUCUUCAGCGAAUACCUUUGCAAGUGCCCUUCGGGCUAUGAAGGCAAACACUGCCAAAACAACAUGAACGAAUGCUCUUCGCAGCCCUGUAAGAAUGGAGGGACCUGCUUGGAUCUCAGCGGGGACUAUGCCUGCAAGUGCAUGUCGCCCUACCUGGGGAAAUCUUGCCAACUCCAAUGUUCAAAUUUGCUCGGCAUGGAGACAGGAGCCAUUGCGAACACACAGCUUGCCGCCUCUUCAGUGCACUACGGGUUCCUUGGCCUGCAGCGCUGGGGUCCUGAGCUCGCCCGCCUCAACAACAAGGGGAUUGUGAAUGCCUGGACCUCCAGCAACUAUGACAGGAGCCCUUGGAUUCAGGUCAACCUGAUGAGGAAGAUGAGGGUCUCUGGCCUUGCCACGCAAGGGGCACGCCGCGUAGGCCGCGUGGAAUAUGUCCGGGCCUACAAAGUAUCCUACAGCCUCGACGGGCGCGAGUUCGUGUACAUUAAGGACGAGGAGCAGGAUCAUGACAAGGUUUUCAUCGGCAACUCGGACAACGAAGACACGAUGACCAACCUCUUCAAUCCUCCUGUUACGGCCCAGUACCUCCGCAUCUACCCUGUGAUCUGCCGUAAAGCCUGCACUCUGCGCUUCGAGCUGAUCGGCUGCGAAAUGAAUGUGUAUUUCAACAUGGCAGGUUGCUCGGAGCCGCUGGGCAUGAAAUCCCACUUCAUCACCGACCAGCAGAUCACAGCCUCCAGCGUUUACAAGACAUGGGGCAUCGACGCAUUCACUUGGCACCCGCACUAUGCCCGCCUUGACAGGACGGGCAAGAGCAACGCUUGGGCUGCCCUCACCAACAAACAGGACGAGUGGCUUCAGAUCGAUCUUAAGUCCGAGAAAAAGGUGACAGGGAUCAUUACGCAAGGAGCUCGUGACUUUGGGCAUAUUCAGUAUGUGGCAGCCUACAAAGUGGCCUAUAGUGAUGAUGGGAAGUCCUGGACUCUUUAUAAGGAUAGCAGGACAAAUGGCACCAAGAUAUUCCAAGGCAACUACGACAACAACUCGCACAAGAAGAAUGUGUUUGACGUUCCCUUCUACACCCGCUUUGUGCGCAUCUACCCCGAAUCCUGGCACAACCGCAUCACCUUGCGAGUGGAGCUUCUGGGCUGUGAUGAGUAGCCCGCCCCCCCCGCCACGGAGGCCGUGAAGCAGAGAGCCAGACUGACUUCCUCACCCACUUUGUCUCCUGCCCCCUGCAUCCCUGGACCUAUGGCGCUUUCUGUUCCCAAAUCCACUACUCCUAGUUCCAAUUUAUAAAAAAAACAAGCUAUGCCCUGCGUUAGG